UACCAUAGAAAGUUCAUUAAGUGAAAAUGUCACAAACACUUUGGAUAUUUGUGUUGAUGGGCCUUUGCUUGGCAUUGGCAUUUGGCGAACGAACUCGCUAUGACAACUACCGCUUGUAUACCGUCACUCCGUCAAAUUUGGAACAAUUGAAAAUUCUUCAAGAAAUUGAAGGCAAAAGUGAUAGUGUAAUAUUUCUGCAAGGACCAUAUGUCUUGGGAAAGGCAGUCCAAAUUGUUGUUGCUCCACAUAAGGCUCAUGAUAUAAUCGAUGGUUUGAGGAGAAACGAACUCGAUGUCCAGUUGAUUGAGAAGAAUUUGCAGACAAUUUUGGAUGAGGAAGAUAUUGGAUUAUCAUCAUCAAGACGAUCGGGAUAUGAUUGGACUGCCUACCAUACUCUGGAGGAAACCUACAACUGGUUGGAGUCAUUGGAGAAGGCACAUCCGGAUCAGGUGGAAUUGAUUGUUGGAGGAAAAACCUACGAAAACCGUGAGAUCCGUGGAGUAAAGAUUUCCUAUAAGCCAGGCAACAAGGGAAUAUUCAUUGAAGGUGGUAUUCAUGCUCGUGAAUGGAUUUCCCCAGCAACUGUCACCUAUCUGAUCAACGAACUUCUUACCAGCGAAGAUCCUGCAAUAAGAAACAUUGCCGAAAACAACGAUUGGUACAUUUUCCCUCAUGUCAAUCCCGAUGGCUAUGCCUACACCUGGACAAACGACCGUUUGUGGAGGAAAACUCGCAAGCCACAUGGCUCCUGUCGUGGUGCUGAUCCCAACCGAAACUGGGAUAUCUCUUGGAACUCUGUCGGUGCCAGCAGUAGUCCUUGCUCGGAAACCUAUGCCGGACCCUCACCUGCUUCGGAAAUUGAAAUCGAAUCACUAUCCAGCUAUAUUGAGUCCUUGGCAGGAAAAAUUCAACUGUACCUUUCAUUCCAUGCCUACUCACAAUACCUUCUCUAUCCUUUCGGACACACAAGUGAACUUCCAGAAAACUCCGAAGAUUUCGAAGCUGUCUAUGAUGCCACUGUCAGUGCUAUAAAGAAACGCCAUGGAACUAAAUACACUGGAGGUAACAUUUACGAUGCUAUUUACCCGGCUUCAGGAUCGAGUAUUGAUUGGGUUUAUUCGAAAGUUGGAACAAAAUUGACAUUCAGCUAUGAAUUGAGACCAUCGGCAUUGAGUAUUCGCUAUGGAUUCCAAUUGCCGGCUUCACAAAUUAUCGCAACUGGAGAGGAAACUAUGGAUUCUAUUGUGGCCAUGGUUAACAAGGCAAAGGAGCUUAAGUAUUUGUAAAAUGUAAAAUCUAAAUUUUUGUAAUAAAAAGUUUGUGUGAAAUAAAGUUCCUAAUAGGGAAAAUUUGCUGUAAAUGAAA